CCAUGUUAAAGAUUUUAUCAUAACACGGUUCAAUAUUCAAUACAAGAGAAAGAAAUAGUGAAUUCAAUACACAAAAAUGGCAUUGAAGCAAACCUUUUACAUAUCACAUGGAUCACCAGAACUAGCCAUAGAUGAAACAAUCCCUGCAUGGAAAUUCUUGACAUCAUGGAAACAGGUGUUUCCUCAAAGACCCUCUUCCAUUCUUGUUAUCUCUGGUCAUUGGGACACGUCUGUUCCCACCGUCAACGUUGUUAGCCGCAACGAAACCAUCCAUGACUUUGGAGGAUUCCCCAGGCGCAUGUACAAGCUCAAGUAUCCGGCACCAGGUGCUCCAAAGUUAGCGAAGAGGGUGAAGGAACUAAUCGAAUCAUCCGGGUUGAGUCAAGUGAACGAAGAUAAAAAACGCGGGCUUGAUCAUGGUACAUGGGUGCCUCUAAUGUUGAUGUAUCCAGAAGCUGAUAUCCCUGUGUGUCAACUUUCUGUUUCAUCAAGUAGAGAUGGUACUUAUCAUUAUAACUUGGGAAAGGCACUGGCUCCUCUGAAAGAUGAAGGUGUUCUAAUAAUUGGAUCCGGAAGUGCCACUCAUAACUUGAGAGCAAUUGGUCCCCGCGAAAGUCCUCCUCCUCCUUGGGCUCUCGCAUUCGAUUCUUGGCUAAAAGAAUCCCUUGUCGAAGGAAGGUAUGAUGAAAUAAAUCAUUAUGAAGAGAAGGCUCCAUAUGCAAAAGUGGCUCAUCCAUGGCCUGAUCACUUCUUCCCAUUGCAUGUGGCUAUGGGGGCUGCUGGUGAGAAUUCAAAGGCCAAGGUUAUUCAUGAGAGUUGGGAUGGUGGUGCUUUUUCUUAUGCCUCUUUUGGUUUCACAUCCGCUAGUAGCUAAUUGAGAUUUGAUACAUCAAAUUGCUUUCCUAUUAUUCUCCUGUAUUUUGUAUAGUAAUCAAAUAAAUUGUAGUGAUGUUUUAUGAUCUAAAAAUACAUGUAUGUACAUGAAUUUUACUAGAAACUUCUUAUGUACCUACAAUUGCUCAUUGAAACAUUAAAUGAGAGAGAGCAUCUGAGGAGUUGACAUACAAAAAUUUCUAAACCAUAGUCAUUGCGACACUAAGAUUUUUAUAAUAUUUCCUUUUGAAAAAGUGAUUUUACAGAAGUUCUUCUGAUCUACCUCUAAGAAGUUGCAAUUUUGCCAAACACUAGACUUGCUGAUCCCUUAUCCCUCUGUAUCACAUCAAAUCUCCAUUUAAGUAUCAAUGACCCGUGUUCAAUUUUUACUCGGUCAUUAGUUUGAAUAACAAUCUCAAUGUUGACCUUUAAGGUAAGAUCUCACAUUGAAUGAGGUUAAAUUUGGAAAUGCAUUUAAAAGUGGCAGACCGUCUUCACCUUACAAAUCCGUUUCUAUUCUUAAAUGGAGCGAAACUCUCUGAUACGACGACGUAGAUCUUCGGUAUGGUGGAAUGUGUCUGCAAGGUUAGCACUCCAACACUUAAGUUAAUGAAAUCAGAAAAGUGCAACAUUGCAAGAGUGGGUGAUAUUAUACCUGUUAUAGUAAGUAGAUGAGUUUAUAUAUGGUAGACGGUUGAAACCACUAUCGAUAGCUAGGCGUAGAGUGCAU